AUGCGCCGCGCCAUCGACUUCAACCCGCACGUGCCCGAUUACCUGCUAGAGCUGCGCCCGCUCACGCUGCCGCCCGAGCACGUGCUGCGCCGCGGCGACAGCGAGGCGCUGGCCUACGCCUUCUUCCACCUGCGACACUGGCGCGCCUGCUGCGGCGCGCUGCGCCUGCUGGGCGCGGCGUGGGCGGCCGCCGAGCGCGGCGCGGGCGCGGGCGCGGCGCCGGCGGCGGCGGACCGCGAGCUGCUGCCGGCGCACCACGCGGGGUCGGGGCUGGCGCGGCGGCGGGCGCCGGCGCUGCUGCCGCUGGCGGCGGCGCUGUGCGCGGCGACGGCGCUGCUGGCGCUGCUGGCGCACCGCUGGCCGGCGCAGGCGCACGCGCUGGCGCGGGCGGCGGCGGCGGGGCUGGACCCGCGCCGCUUGCAUACUCUGCUGGCCUGUGUGUGA